UAGGGGACCGCCAAGUGCGAGAGUGAGAGAGAAAUGAAGUUAUGAGGGUGCGACAGAGAGGUGUUUCACCUUUACCUUUGGUGGCUUCAUGGUUCGGAAAACUACACCUCACAAGUUGAAGUUGAAACUUGGUGUAUAGAACUAGCCAAUUUCCCUAUAAAAGUUGUUAUAUUAGAGAAGUAUUGAGAAUGAAGUAUUGGAUACGGUGGGGAUGGUGACGUUGCUUUGGAGGGGUCGCCAACUACAAGAAUUCUCAGAGUGAAACCAGUUGAAACGACCGUGUACUAGUAGACUUUUAGUCUAGUACCAGUAAGGUGUCGUGUGUAACUUCGUGCGCGGUCCGUGCUUCGAUUCCCAAAUAAUUUCAACCAAAAACCAAGUUCAAAUGUGCUAGCAUUUAUCGAAAAUAGCACGGUUAUCACGAUUUUUAAAAGCAGAACUAAUUAGAGGUGAUAGAUGGCUAGCAUGAAGUGAAAUUAUUGGACGGCUUCGAAUCCUGUGGCUCGUUCGUUUGAUACGGUGUCCACGCAAUCCACAACUAAAACUGUUUUUAAUUUAGAUGUCUGCACGAUGCAAGCACAUGUCUCGUCCUGGUGACGCAGACGGCAGACUAAUACGGCUUUGAUUGGACGUCUGCAACUCCUGUCCUCGCUUUAGUGACCAAGUCAGUGAAUCGAUCCCGGCACCAAGAUGAUGGGAAAUCAGACUCUGUGCGCCCUCUAUGUGGCCACCGCUGGGCUACAAGGCAAUGCCCUCGGCUCUGAUGAGGAGGAGAUUGUGCUCCUCAUCUAUACCAUCAUCGACAUCACUAGGAAUAAGGUGAUCGGAAUGCAGCAAUACGUGGUGAAGCCUUCCUCAGCUGAUGUCAAUGACAACUUGCUAUCUGAUCAACUAGUUCAAGAAUCAUUCAUCACUGAAGAAAUGGUCAAAACUAAUGGAGUAUCCCUGGAAUCUGCCAUCAAACAGUUCGACGAGUUCAUUCGGUUGUUACAAAUAGACCCAGAUUCGCCGUUAUUCAAAUUCAUCACAGAUGGGCAACUGCCACUCCGGCAAUGUCUGCUCCCUGAAGCUUGCACCAAAGGCAUCACUCUACCUGACUACUACUGCUCCUUCUAUGACCUCAGGAAGCACUUCAGCCACUUCUACAACGUGCCUGAAGACCAGGAGUUCAAAUCUGUUAAAGAUCUCGUUGAUUAUCUCGGCAUGCCACAUGAACUAAACUCAGAUUUAUACAUAGGUUGCGUACAGGAUAUGGUUAACAUCAUUCUCAGACUAAUAGCUGAUGGACACAGCUUCAGUAACCCGGAAACAAUACAGAUAAAACUAGAACCAGGAAUAUGCUCCAAAGACGAAGAAGUUGACAAUAAUUGUGUUGUCCGCGCUCGGGGACUUCCAUGGCAAUCGUCUGAUCAGGAUAUCGCUAAAUUUUUCCGGGGUCUUAAUAUCGUCAAGGGAGGAGUUGCACUGUGCCUAAGUCCUCAGGGAAGAAGGAACGGCGAGGCGCUAGUGAGAUUUAUAUCUCAGGAACAUCGAGAUUUGGCGCUAAAACGGCACAAGCAUCACAUCAGUGAUCGGUAUAUCGAAGUGUAUAUGGCAACAGGUACCGACUUCGUCAUGGUUGCCGGAGGUUGUAAUAAUGAAGCUCAAGCUUUCCUGAAGAAGGGUGCCCAGGUCAUCAUUCGGAUGCGAGGUUUGCCCUAUGACUGCACUGCGGAAGAAGUUCUGGAGUUUUUCGACCGUGGAGAGAAUAGUUGCAAAGUGAUGGAUGGCACGGAUGGGGUACUUUUCGUGAAGAAGCCGGACGGCAGAGCGACAGGGGAUGCGUUUGUGCUAUUCGCCGAGGAUGAGGUGGCUCCCAAAGCACUCAGUAAGCACCGCGAUCUCAUUGGCUCCAGAUACAUCGAACUUUUCAGGAGCACAACCGCCGAAGUUCAGCAGGUUCUGAACCGGUCAAUGGAUCCGAAGACGUUCGAGGUGACUCCAACCCCCCUGCCGCUCCCCGCCCUGCCCCAGCCCAUGCCUCUCCUUCCCCAGCACGUGAUCACGUCUGGCACUCGCAAGGACUGCGUCCGUUUACGGGGUCUUCCUUACGAGGCACAGGUCGAGAACAUUCUCGAAUUCCUCGGCGAACAUGCUAAGAACAUAGUUUUCCAGGGCGUUCAUAUGGUCUACAACACUCAGGGACAGCCUUCGGGCGAAGCAUUCAUCCAGAUGGACUCAGAGUCGUCAGCAUUCAUGACGGCGCAACAGAAGCAUCACCGUUACAUGUUCUACGGCAAGAAGCAGCGAUACAUAGAGGUAUUCCAGUGCUCAGGCGACGACAUGUCGAUGGUUCUGACGGGCAACUACCCGGCCACUUCACUGCCCACCUCAGCUGUUUCGCCGGUCGCCAAAACACUGCUCAGUCCCGGCGGCACAAUCUUGAGACUGCAACCUGCUCCGCCGUUGCAUUUUGUGCCCCCCCAGGCACUGAUGGGCCGUCCCCCUGUUCCUGGUGCUGCUCCCCCCUUCCUCUACUGGGCUGCUUAUCCGUCACCACCUGUUUCACCCCCGCAGCCGCCGCCCCAUCAUCUGGUAAUCAUGCCGCGGUCUGACUUUCUGCACUCAGUUCCCGCCGAGUGGAAUAUGGAUUACUUGGGCGUAAAUCAACAAUGGGGCAAUGGACAGCCAUUUGGUGAGUAUAAAUUAGGAGUCGGUAUUCAUUCGGCAGUCGCUUGAAAGAGAAAGAAAGGACAAUUCAUCACCCGUUGUGUAAAAUCUCUGGUCGACGCUCUUCCAAAGAAAAACGACCGUUUAUUAUUAACCAGGUGUCAAGCCAGGUGCUAAUUAUGCUCAAAGAACUUAGAUGUUGACCUCAAUUUAUUAUGAAUUGAGCUGUAAUUUUAGUGAAUGAAUAAUUCCCUUCAAGAGGAAAUUAUUAAAAGAAAUUUGUUGUUAUGUAAAAAUAUAUAAAAAUAUUAUUCAUACUUUAUCAAAUGUAUAUUAUAAUAUUUGUUUAUGAGGUAGAGUACCUACCUUUUCGUUUGAAGUGUGUAUUUUGUGUUUCCUUAUGUAGCUAUAAUAGUCUCAUGACAUAUCUCAAGAUUUGUUUUGAUAUACUUAUCAAUUAAUUCCACCUGCAAAUUCGCUAUUUUCCUAAAGCAAAUUCGAACAAUCAGAGUUCAAAUUUAAUCUCUCAGGCAGGAAAAUGACAAUUUUAAAGAAUUGAUGAAAAGUCAAUGGUCAAAAAUUGAGCAUUUUAUGGAUGACUGAGUUGAUUUUGACGCGGACUAGUGAAAAAGUGCUAUUGAGGAAUGACUCAAGGACUCAAUGCAAAAGGCUCAAAGGAGAAGAGAUUGCCAACUUGAAUAGCAAUUUAUCAUUUCAGCAGGAAAUUGUGACUUGUUAUUAUUCAAAAAUAAUAUAAAUUUUAUGUGAAACUGACUGAUAAUAUUCAAUCCAACAUUUGUUAUUCUGUUUUUUGUUGAACUUGGUCAUUUUAGAAUUACUAGACCUGUUAAACCAAAGUGUUUAUUUGUUAUGUUUCUUUCUUGAUUAUUUGAGGUCAAGUAUGACCACUUAUGUUUUCUUCUGAUACUUUAUGUAAUUAAUUUAAUAUAUAUAUAUAUAUAUAUAUAUAAUUAUAUAGUAUCUACAAAUUCAUAAUAUUCAAGCGAUUUUAAUUUUUAUCAUCUUAUUUCUAUCAGUUAUUGCCUCAGAUGUUUAUUUACGUUUAUUCCAUUAUAAAGUAUUUUAUCUGAUUGAAAUAUUAGUUUGUAGAUAUCUAGCUGUUAUUCGCUAAGUUGUUGAUUGUCUAGUAUAGGAAUAUAGUUUAGCCUUCUUCAGUUUGGGUGCUGUUGAGUAAGAGCCUGAUUGAUUUUUCUACGCUUAGACUUAUUGAAAGCUCUUGUAAUUCGUUUGGUCGAUCUCAGUUAUGUUCAACUAUUGAUUGACGCAUAUUCAUUGAAUGUUUGUUAUUAGUCUAUGUUAGGGUUAUUGGAAGUCUUUUGUGACUGUGAUGUUCAAAAUUACCGACAAUACGCAAUGGAAGAAAACAUUUGUAAUUGAAGAAGACCAAAGGAUUUUCAGGUAUACUCAUCUAUACGGCUAGAUCCAUUCCAUUAUAGUCAUUAAUAACACUGUUAAGUUGUGUUACGGAUCUAGUUAGAUAGUUGACAUAAAAUGCCGGGAUCAAUGAUCUUCUUAGAAUUCGUUUUUGGACACACCCAACAAUUUGUGAAUGGAGUUACAACAGAUGUAUUCCCACUCCAUGAUCAAGUGUGAUGUGUUUUCUUGCUUGAGAACUUUCAAGACAUGCUACUUGUAUAUUUUGAUAGAAUUUCGAUAAUUCUAUAAUUUUCCAAUAUUACUGUAUGAGUCUAUUGAAUGUUUGUUAUCAUCAUUAUUACUAAUUCAAUGGUAAUUGAGUACAUCCUGCCAAAGAAAACUUUUGAAGGGGAAUCACUCGAAACUCCUCAUUGUGCAAUAAUAUUUAUUAUUAAUCUUUGAGGAAAACAUCAGAUAUUGGGAAGAUUGCAAUAGGUUGUCUCUUGUAAAUCCAAGAGUUUUUGAAGGCACACUCUAGUGUUGAUUGAAUAAUCAAGGAAGUGAUUGUUAUAUUUUCCUAUAAUGUUGUUGGAUAAUUAAUUUUAUAAUUUAUAUUAUAUUUGAACUUUGAUGAACUUAUACUGUACAUAGAUUGAGAACAAUUGAUUAAUUGACAGAGUGGUUGAAAUUCUAAUGGAAUUUAAUUUGCCAACUCCACCAUUGAUGAAUAUAAGUUGUGAGAUGUUUUGAGGGUUGUUACGGGAAAAGUACCAGGAUCUGUAAUAGAUAUAAGCAUUCCAUUUGUGAUACGUAUAUGCCUAUAAAUACUAUUAACUCUCUUCAACUAGGCUACUCGAAAUAUAAAGAAGAAAUAUCUCAAUGAUAGAGAUCUAUGUUAUGUAAAGUUAUAUGUUUACAAAUUGUAGUCAUUUACAAAAAAUGAGUUGUAUCUUCAUUCACAGAUUUAAUAUUUUAGUGAAAUGUGAUAGUUUGUAAGUAAAUUAAUCGUUUGUACAUAAUUAUUCAUCAUUCCAAGUCGUAAGGUUGGCAUAAUUUCCCUGAAAGCAAAUGUUGAAGAACCAGAAAAAGAUUCUCAAAUUCAUUGCUUCAAAUGCAGCUAUUCGUAAUAUUCACUAGGUUACAAGAUUGAAUUGGAGAGACUUUUCAAGCUAUCCAACUUGCAAUGCAAACGGUCUAUUAUUUGAAUUCAAUAUUUUAAAAUAAUUAUAUGACCAUACAAGUUCAUGAAAAAUUGUCAGUUGAAUAGGACUUCUUGAUGCUUAUUUUGUAGUCCUCGUCUUAUGAACCAAUUUUGUUUGGUUUUUGCAUUUUAUAAAUCUUCUAUUAUUUGAGAUUGUUUAAUAGAUUUUUUCUAUUCCCAUCUCUUUAUUACAUCCAUCAAUAAUGCUUGGCUAUUCAAUUAUUUAAAAAUGCACUGAAUUCUAUUCUCAUUGAUUUAUGGCAAAUUACCAAAUUUUAGAGUAUGAUGGGAAAUUAUUCUUACCUACAUUGAUCGACAUUGUUUAUAAGCUUUUAUUUUAUUCUUAGUUCCGUGAUUUGAUUAAAAUGAAUGCACCAAGAAAAUUCUUUUAUGUACAAGAAAAAUAGAACUUUCGUCCACAGGUGUAAAAAUUUCAAAUUCAACUAUUGUUUGCUUUAUAUUAACAGAAAUACUCACUUAAGAAAUUUUACUUAAUUGAUGAUCUUCGGAUAUGCAAAAAAAAUAUUUUUCACCUAAAAUUAAGCAUAUAAAUUACGAAAGUACAAGAACUUUCUGAGUUAUUGGAUGUGGAUGAUCGAUUUUGUGAAAUUUUUUCUUGCAUUAGCAAUAUUAUUAUAACAAAAAAUACAAUAAUUAUGACAAUAAUAGUCAGUAGAUUUCAAUAAUAAACUUUUAGAGAUAGAAUCUAUUUGAUGUAGUUGAUAAAGUUCCAUUGGAAUCUCUUGAGAAUGACAUGCAUAUUUAUUUAUCUAAACAAUCUGUUGCAUAAGAUCAAGACUUGAAAAUUUAUUAUGUUGCACAAAACUUUAAAAAAUACAAAAAACUAUAUUCACCUCAUCGCAAAAACCUAUUCCGUGAUUGAAAUGUUUCUAUCAUGGUAUAAAACCAUACCCUCUAUGAUAGAAAGUGUUUCGUGUUUUUUUAAAACUUGAUUCCUUGGAUGAAUUUCUCCUCUUCAAUAGAAAUUCUUUAUGCAACUUACCAUUUAUUUUUAUAUUCCAAAACCUUUCAUGAGGAGAAACGUUUAGUGCUUCAGUUAAUUGUUAAUAAUAAUUCUUUUUAUAUUUAUUUAGAGGUUUUUAAAUCCUUUGAAACCUUAUUUUGUGCAGUGAGAUAAAAGGAUUAACAAUGAAAUCACUAAGUCUUCCAUUGAAUUUUAUUCAGACAAAUAUUAUUGUAUGAUCUAAGUUCUAUAUAUUCGGUUUUUAUUCUGAAAUAAACAUGAAUUAAGAAUAA